AACUAUUAUUUACUGUGAGUGGAUGGAACUAAAAGGUGAUGUCUGGAACCUAUGUGUGAAUAUAAUAUACCAUAAAUCCUCUAAUACAGGCCCUGGCCUGUAUUUGACUCAAGCUCAUCAAGCUCCAGGUCUUUAUUGGAAGGAGGACCAGAAUUAGAGGCAGGCCUCUAUUUCUAUUUGAGCAAAAUGAACUAAUGGUUCGCUGGAGUUUUUGACAAUUAAAAUUGCGCCCACAUUUUCAAAGUUAAACACAUUUCUUUUAACAACAGUGGUUUCUGCUUCAGCCCUCUCCCCCCUCCCCCUGCGCAGCGGCUGCAAACUCACUGAUGCGCCUGCAGCCUCUCAGAGUUCCUGCUGCUCUAAACAUUAAAAUAAUUAUUUCAUUUUCUGUUCCUCACUUCUGAUUACCUUCAAUGGCGUCUGUUUGUUGCAACCACCAGGUACAAAAAAUAACUUGUUUUUAUUUGACUAUUUUUCUGUCCCGUAUCUGUUUAUUAUCUUCCUGCAUCUCCUCUCAAUCCUAAAGAGAAACUGCUACCUGGGUUCAUAUAUAUAUUCACCUUAUGAACUGCAGUUCUAAAAGAUCUACCGACCGCAAAAAUAGCGGAGUGCUCGCCGGCCGCAUCAGUUAGGUGCGCCACCGAGGACAAAACAGGUGAUGUGCCCCGAUCCACAGCAGCGAAACGCAUCAGGCACAAAUAAAAGAAUAAAAGACAGAAAAUAUAAAAGGAAAUGAGCCGACAUGAACGAUUGCGUGUUAAAUUUGUUUUUGAGGUGGCGACACCUUGUUUGAUAAUGUUACUGUGGCCGUGCUCAGGACGCAGAUGUCUGGAGCGCGUCAACAAUCAGAGCUUUGCAUGUGUAAGCUGGUUAAGGUUAGGAUGGGGGUGAGGGGAAGGUUAAAUUGCAAGAGGGUAAAGGUCACAAUUUGGUUAAAUGUCCGUUUUACCGUGGGUGUCAGUACCGACGCUCUGGCACAGCGCUUUGCCUCCCGACGCGCAGGAGCUCCUCACCUGCUGACAGCAGGCUGCUGUCUUUUCCGAGGACUGCAUCUUGCCGGUCAUUAUCACAUGACAGCGACUAGUUGAUGACGGGCAUAAAAAGUCACUAUAGAGCGGUGAAGUCGACUAGUGACUAGUUCAUACAACUCCUGCUACUGCUCCCCAGAGUGUUCUGCAGCAUAAUCAGCACGUUCUCUUUGAACUUGAUAUCAAAUUUUUGCCUCCUCUUCGUCUCCGCACGGUUAAAGUUACCCUCGCGGUCUGUCACUGGCAAAUCAAAAGUGAGACGGAUGACACAACUGCCCCCCGUACUUGCUUGUUACCACAUUCCACCCGCCACAAUAAAAAAAAAACGGCCAUUAUUCACCUCCGCCGACUCCGACACCGGCCAAAAUAUGAUACCCGGCAGUUAAUUAAAUGCAGGCUAAUAUUAGAGGAUUUACGGUAAAUAAACACAUUUUAAGGGAGUAAUAGGGAAAAGGAGAUUGACACCUUUCAGCAUGUGCAUUUCCUGCUUUUUCCAGCAGUGAUAUUGCUAAUUCUGUUGAAGGAAAUUCACUGUUUAAUGAGAGACAGCUGGUGAAAAUGAUAUGUAAAUAAGUAAGAAUGCAUGUAGACCUACAUAAUUAAAGGCACAAUCCGUAAAAUGACACCGUCAGGGUGAGGAGGAGGAGAUUUUUAAAUUCGAACGGCUGUUGCUCACUCCCCCGCCCUUCCUGAAAGAGCCGAAAGCCACACCUCCUAAUGUGCACGCGCAGGAAAAGCCGAGUCAACACCAGAGCGUUGCUUCUUCAUAAUAGAGCUGAGCUAGUGUUAGCAAUGGAGUUAUCUGAGAGUUCAGUGAUUGAGGAAUCCUCUGAGGAAGAGUUUGAACCUCCCAUUGCAUCCUCAAGACGUGGUGCAAAAAGGAGAUGCCCACCAUCAUCUCAAAGCCGUGGUGCAUCUAGAGGCCGCGGUGCAUCCAGAGGCCGAAGAAGUGCGAGACACUCAGCUGUGGACCUUGGAGAUGAAGAUCUCUCUCGAGUUCGGAAUCUUCGUUCCGAGCGAAUAGACUUUGAACGUCAACACAUACAGAACCUGAACCCUCAGCAGGCUAUUAACAUCCUUACCAUGGUGCUGGACAGAGACCCUGGUGUUCUCUUUGAUGUACUUGCCCUCUGGUCCAAAUGCCACAACACCUCCAACAUCCAAUCAACCUUCAUGGUGUGUAUGCUCCCACUGCAGAGAUAUGCCAACAGCCUCCCCAGACAUGUAUUUCAACUGUACCACACAUGGAGGAGUUUAUUCUGCAAAAUGGUGUUCUUCGCCUGGCCAGAACAUUGUGGAAUGAGUUUCAUGCGGUUUAUGAUGACCCGGACCCCGGUGAGGACAACAGACAGUUCCGCCAUGCAGCUUACAGACAAUUUGUAGCGUGGCAGCACGGAAAACUUGGUGGAGGGCGCAGAGUAGUAAUCCCAAGCUGUGGUCUGGAGGAUGAGGGAAAAAUUCCCUGACCCCAAUAGUAACUACACUGGUUUUAUUCCAAGACGAUUGUAAAUAAAUGUAUAUAUUUGAUAUUUUACAUAAGUUUGUUUUUUUUAUAUAUUUUUGUUUGAUGCUCUAAUAAAGUGUUCUAAAGCAUAA